CCCUCCAGGGCAGGGCCCGUGCACCUUCCCGCUUCACCCACCAUGUGCUGCAACAUGCAAAUCAUGGAGUUUGGGUCGAAGUCCAAAUUCCACCUUGGUCACUGGGCAGUUGAAUGACAAAAGCCACGUCUUCCAACCUCCUUGAGUCAAUUCCUCAUUUUCCAACUUUUGUUCCAGGAGAUAUAGAUUCAGUCUUUGCUCUCAUUGAGCUUAUAUUCUGGUGAAAACACAUACAGUCAAUGAAUUAAAAGUAAGAUUAUGAUGAGUUAAAGCAUGUCUCAGGAAGAAAAUAAAUAGGCUGGAAUAACAGAGUAAUGGAAGAGAUGGACUUCUCCAAAGUAACCAGAGAAAGCCAUCUUGUGGAGGUGAUCUUUGAAUUAAGAGCUGAAGGACGAGAAAGUGUGAUCUGUGGAAAAAGCUAAGGGAAGGGAAUUGUCAGCAGAGGCAGCAGUAGGUGAGAAAGGCUCGGUGUGUUCAACCAGGAGAGGCGAGUGUGGCGCGGUUGUGGAUGUAAGGAAAGAAUGGGGCGAGAUGGGCUCAGAGAAGCAGGCCGGAGCCAGGGCCUGCGGUGGCUUCAGUCAAGGACAAAGAGAAGCCUUGAGGGGUUUUCAGCAGGGAGCAUGACAACGGAGACCCUCAGAUGCUUAGGAUGAACAGAUUGGGGUAGGACACAUUUGGAGGCUGCCUACAGGUCCAGGUGAGAGAUGAUGGUGAUAGAGCAGGAGAGACACAAACAGAUUCAUGUAGCACGUCUCCCUGAUGUUGUCCCCCAACCGUGGUGUAUGCAGCUUGAGGGCAGCACCCUCAUCUUGUCCUGGCCUUGGUCACCUGCACAUCUGCGGAGCACCUGUCGUGUACCCAGUGUCACACUUGAUUUCUGUUAGUGUGCUCCGUCUUCAUUCUGGUCCCAUGAAAUAGUUACUAUUUCCAUUUUGUAUGCAAAGAAACUCAGAGAGAUUCCUUUUCAAAUCUGUCUGAUGCCCCAGCCACCUGUCUUACCUCUGCACCACUGUACGUAUAGAUGCUGAUAAAUGUGAAUCAGUGGGCUAAGGCUAAGUCCCCAGUGCCCAAGAGGUACAAUGUGCAAGUACAGGAGAGUCUUUGGGCCAAAAAUAGCUUCUUUCAUACAGACACCAGUUGAAUGUUCUGCCCCAUUGGACCUGAAGGCCUCAGAUAAGAGAUGAAUGACCUGGGAAUGAAAAACACAUUUUGCUCUAGUCAGCUGUUAGAUCAGCAGAGGAACGCAUGCUCCUGGGCGGUGUGCCACUGGGGAGUGGGAGGCAAGAAAGUCACAUUUGGGAGGGUGAGGAAAAUGAGGGGAGGUGGGGAAGAUAGCAUGGGGGUGAUGAGUGCUGGAGAGAACUAGGAGGGUGGUGUAAGUAACAGAUACCAGCGAGGGUACCUGCCGGCCCCGUGGCAGGCGUUGAAUACAUGUGCCAGACUCCUUAGCUAUGGCAGUGUCUUGUAGGCUUCUCAUACUGAUCCUAUGAGGUGGGCCUGACUGUUUCCUUGAUUCUAGGGGGGUCAUCAAUCUAAUAAAAGCUUUUCAUAGAAAAACAGACAUUACACUUUCACAGUGAUGUUUGUUACACUUUUAUUACUGGAAGAUAGAAUGUAUUUUUGCAUAAUGUAAGCACUUUCCUCUUCAGGAUAACAAUGCAGGCUUGAAUCAAAGCCUUAGAGGCUGAGGAGGCUUCAGCCGGCUUCAGCUGUGCCCCUGCAGCUCUCUGUAACCCACCCAGGACUUCUUCCACACCCUUAGGGUUGACAGUGUAAUUUAGAGCAGAAUUAAGAAUGCAGGGUUCCUUCUGCAUUUCCUACUAUAUUAAACUUGUAGUUUUUUUCCCCAUCUUUUGACUGACUGACACUCAGUGCUUGACAACCGCACAGCCUCCCCUAGCUUUGAGCCGUUCUGCUUAGAUUUGCCUAAAUCUGCAAUGCACCUGCACUGACAGCCUCGUGUAUUCUCUCUGGUGACUGGCAAGGUCGUGGUUAUUGUUUUCAGCAUUGGUUCUGAGAUUCAUUCCUAUUACUUGUUAAAGAAAAGUUCAAGUGUGUCUUAGAAUUAGUUUGUGAAGCUGACAGUGAAGUUGCUGAAGAGGUUACAUCACCUGUCCCAGCUGCCAGGUGGCGUCACUGGGAACCCAAAGCGAGCCUGUCACGUACUCCUCACCGUUCAGGGUACAAAUAUUCCCCUCCUCCUUCUCUUGAACCCUCUCCAGGCAGGCCUCCUUGCACCACUCCACCCGACCUGCUCUUGUCAAUGUCACAGAUGACCUCCCUCCACAUGGCCCGUUCUCAGUCACCAACGGUCCCUCCUAAGGACACCUGCCCUCACUUGGCUUUCCUGGGUCCCCUGCAUCCGCCGGAGCCAGCUCAGUUCCUCUCCCCGACUCCUCCUUGCCCACAUGCCCUUCAUGAGCUUGUCCCCUGACUCCUCCUGUCUUCUUGUCUUUGCUUCCUCAGUGACCAGCUGGCUUUCAGACACAAAUGAUGCUCACGUGGAGACCUGCUCCCCGCUCCGCUGCCUACACUGCAGCACUCCUGGGCUGCUAAUAAGCUUUGCAAACUCAAAGUCUUAACCCACACUGUGGUUUUCCCCUCCUGCCUCAUCCUACACUGGCUCCUUUGUGAUUUUUUGCAUCUCAAUAAAGGGUGACUUACUUCUAGUUGCACAGAUAAAAAUAUUGGCAUCAUCCUGACUCUUUUCUCUCUCACUCCUGUGUGCAAUCCUUUAGCAAAUUAUCUGCUUGACCUUAAAAUGACAUCUAAAAUUUAGUCCACAGCUAUCACCCUGGCCCAGCCAUGUUAGCCACUCACCUAAUAUAACUGACCCACCGCUUUCACCCAGGCCCUUCAACAGCCCCUUCCCCACCCAGCAGCCAGACUGACACUCCAGAGCCUAAGUCAGAGCAAGUUGUCAGCUGCUUAAAGCCAUCCAGGGGCUCCAUACCUCAGAGAGGCCAAGCCCUUAUAGGCAGCCAGGCCCACUGUCACCUGGUGCCCACUAGAUCUCUGACCUCUGCUUCUCCUGUGUCCCCUGGUGCUGACACUCUCCAGCCACCCGGGAGCCCCUGCUGUUCCCAGGUAUGCCAUGCGCAUCCACUGCAGGUGCUCAGGGCUUUGUGCCGGGGGCUUCCUCUGAGCUGCUUUCUUUUCCAGACUCCUACGUGGCUUGCUCCCUCACUUCCUUGAGUUUUCUGCAAGUGAUACCCCCAAGAGAGGCCUCCCUUGUACUGCCUGGAUAAAAACACCUCCCCGAAUUCUAUCCCACUCACUCUGCUUGAUCUGCCCCACAGCACAUACAUCCCUUGGGACGGCAGACGCUGCCUUGUCCAGGGCCCGUGCACGCCACACUAACCCAAGCCCCGUGCGAGCAGGGACACAACCGCUCAGUCACCACUGUGUCUUAGCAUAGCCCGUCCCAAAGCAGCUCUCUGAGAACGACUACUGAGUUAGCAGACAAAGGAGGAAUGAGUGGAGAGCCCAGUACCAGAGGUCUGCGGCUCUCGUGGGCACGCUGAGGCUCUUGCUAUGACCGCAGUCUCUUCGAGGAGCCAGGACCGUCCCUUGCCACAGCAGCCGCACCUCCCUCCCGCUCCGCCCUGCCCGCCCUCGGCCCCGAGCCACCAUGGGCAGUGUCAGCAGCCUCAUCUCGGGCCACAGCUUCCACAGCAAGCACUGCCGGGCUUCGCAGUACAAGCUGCGCAAGUCCUCCCACCUCAAGAAGCUCAAUCGGUAUUCAGACGGGCUGCUGAGGUUCGGCUUCUCCCAGGACUCGGGUCGUGGCAAGUCCAGCUCCAAAAUGGGAAAGAGUGAAGACUUCUUCUACAUCAAGGUCAGCCAGAAGGCCCGGGGCUCCCACCAUCCAGACUACACUGCACUGUCCAGCGGGGACAUAGGGAGCCCAGCGGGGGUGGACUUUGGCCCGCCCACCCCACCCAAGCUCAUGCCCUUCUCCAAUCAGCUAGAAAUGGGCUCAGAGAAGGGGGCGGCGAGGCCCACGGCAUUCAAGCCGGUGCUGCCGCGCUCAGGAGCCAUCCUCCACUCCUCUCCGGAGAGUGCCGGCCGCCAGCUGCACCCCGCCCCGCCAGACAAGCCCAGGGAGCAGGAGCUGAAGCCCAGCCUGUGCUCUGGGGCCCUGUCGGACUCCGGCCGGAACUCCAUGUCCAGCCUGCCCACGCACAGCACCACCAGCAGCUACCAGCUCGACCCGCUGGUCACACCCAUGGGGCCCACCAGCCGUUUCGGGGGCUCCGCCCACAACAUCACCCAGGGCCUCAUCCCCCAGGACAGCAACAUGAUGAGCCUGAAGGCCCUGUCCUUCUCGGACGGGGGCAGCAAGCUGGCCCACUCCAGCCAGGCGGACAAAGGCCCCUCGUGCGUCCGCUCCCCGAUCUCCACGGACGAGUGCUCCAUCCAGGAGCUGGAGCAGCAGCUGCUGGCGAGGGAGGGCGAGCUGCAGAAGCUGCAGCGCAGCUUCGAGGAGAAGGAGCUGCCCCCCAGCCAGGCCCACGAGGGGCCGUGGCGCGGCAAGGAGGAGCCGGGCGGCCCGGAGCUCAAGGGCGGCGGCAAGCUGAAGCCGGCCUCGCAAAAGGGCCCGCGCCCCCAGCAGCUGCUGCACCUCCAGGUGCUGCAGCUCCAGCAGGAGAAGCGGCAGCUCCGGCAGGAGCUUGAGAGCCUCAUGAAGGAGCAGGACCUGCUGGAGACCAAGCUCAGGUCCUACGAGAAGGAAAAGACCAGUUUUGCCCCUGCACUGGAGGAGACCCAGUGGGAGGUGUGCCAGAAGUCGGGUGAGAUCUCUCUCCUGAAGCAGCAGCUCAAGGAGGCCCAGACGGAGAUCAACGCCAAGGCCAGCGAGAUCCUGAGCCUGAAGGCGCAGCUGAAGGACGCUCGGGGCAGGCUGGAGGGCGCGGAGCUCAGGACGCGGGACCUGGAGGGCGCUCUGCGCACCAAGGGCCUGGAGCUGGAGGUCUGCGAGAACGAGCUGCAGCGCAAGAAGAAUGAGUCGGAGCUCCUGCGCGAGAAGGUGAACCUGCUGGAGCAGGAGCUGCGCGAGCUGCGGGCUCUGCGGGCCCAGGCCGCCCUGCAGCGGGACGGGCUGGCCCCGGGGCCCGGCCUCGCAGAGGACGUCCCCGUGCUGCAGCGGGAGCUGGAGCGGCUGCGCGCUGAGCUGCACGAGGAGCGGCAGGGCCACGACCAGAUGUCCUCAGGCUUCCAGCACGAGAGGCUGGUGUGGAAGGAGGAGAAGGAGAAGGUGAUCCAGUACCAGAAGCAGCUGCAGCAGAGCUACCUGGCCAUGUUCCAGCGGAACCAGCGCCUGGAGAAGGCCCUGCAGCAGCUGGCCCGGGGGGAGGGCGCCGCGGAGCCCUUGGAGGUGGACCUGCAGGGGGCCGACAUCCCCUACGAGGACAUCAUAGCCACCGAGAUCUGAGGGGCCCGCGAGCGGGAGAGCAGAGACCUGGUGUUGGAAGUCGGGGGGCUGAGCCCCUCCACAGCCCCUGCUCAGCACCGACCUGGGGGGCGUGCAGGAGGGGCAGCUCCCUGGCUUCCCUCCCCUGUCCACCUCCCAGAGCUCCCCCCAUCACUGGAGCCUGCUAGACCUCUAGCCUUCCUGAGAACUGGGUCCAGGACCUCCAUCGUCUGGCUAAGGGCUCCGUAAACCUUGGCCUGUGUUCAGAAUACUUAGAGACCCUCUCCCAGGGAUGAUGGGCGACUGCUGUGAAGGCCAAGGCCACCCCAGAAGCUGCUUUCCGCCUCUCCCCUCGGCCCCUUUCCUCCCCCAGGCACACUGGGAUGCUUGGGAAUAGAAAGAAGCCACUUGUGACCACAAGUCCUGGAAAUGGACCCUGUCCUGACCUGAGCUGCUUUCCUCAGGCCGCGGAGUUCCAGGGCUGAGUGGGGGGUGGAGAGUCCGCCUUGGCAGCAUCAGAGCCCCCCCAACCCAAUCUGGGCAAACCACAGAAGGGGGUGAUGGCUGGGGCUGCCCAGAGUGACUAGCCUCAGCGGGACCCAGAGGGUGCAGGGGAGAGAACCUGCGUCCUCCUGGCCACACCCUGCUGGGCCCUGCUGGCCAGACGUGAGCAGUCUCUGGGUGGCUGGUGGCUUCUGACCUCAGCGACCACUCCUAAGACCAUAGACAUGGGGCCCUGGGCGGGUGCCAGGGAGAGAAGAUUGGAGGCCCCCUGACAGUGAGGGCGUGGCUUUCCAGAUGUCCCAGGGAGAGCCUCAGGGGCUUUUUUCUUUCCUUGGGGACCUCCAGGUUGGGUUUUCCCCAUCUGGUUCAAGUUGGCUAGCAGCUUCUCUGAGCUUCUUUCCUUCCCGAGGGGCAAGCCCUUGCUGCAUGCAGAAGAGCCCACACCCACUGAGGCAGUGCAGAGGUGAUGGGCGUGUAGAUCAGUUCAGGUCCCAUGCCCAAUUCCAGCGAGUCCUUACAGGUUGGCAGGGUCUGCAGGGGCCCCAUGGGCCAGAGCCCCAGGCAGGAGAGUGAGCCCCAGGGCUGCCACAUGCCUCCAGCUAUAAAGAAUCCAAGAUCCAGGGAGCUGCAGCUCAUGGGGACUGGGCCAGCGCCCCGGGGGAGGCUGGGCUUCUCUCUCCAGGAUGUGCAGAGCUGGGGGAGUAGAGAAACGGCGGAGUGUCCCAGUUGCUUGGUUCAAGAAAUUUACUUUUUUUCUUCUUUCAUCUUUUUUUCCUUGUCUUUUCAGAAGCAAGCCAGAUCUAGCAGGCAGCCAGGCUGUUGCAUGUUCUAUUUCUGCCUCUAGCCACAGCUGCUGUUCUUAGGACAGCCAGCCCUCACUGGGCUCCUGAGCCCGUGCCUGCCUGCUGAGCGGGUUCAUGGAGGUGGGAGAAAAUAGAACAUAGAACGUCUGAGUCCCGCACAGCCUGAGACCAAUGUCCCAGCCCGGUUCUGCCUCCCUGGCAGCCAGCCCUGGUAGUGCCCGAGGUGCAAGUGGGGGGCUGUUUCUCUUCUUGUGGCCCCGCCUCCCCCCUAGGGUCUGCCACAUGCCCUCUGGCAGCCUGGGCUGAGGGCAGGCCCUUCCCAGCAGUGGGCUCUGCCUUUCGGUGCCAGGGUCGUGCUGUGUCUGCCCUGCUGCCUCCACCCGAGAAGGGCUUUUCUGGAAUGUCUCUUAGUCAUGAGCCAGAUUUACCCUGGAAUCUGGGCCAAGGGACCCUCACCAGGUAGAGCACAUACCCUCAAGUCAAAGAUGCCCCAUUCCUUGUGCCACAGCCCUCGGCCCUCCAUUUCCACCAGCCUGUGCCUUGUCUGAGUCCUUCCCAGUGGGACUCCUCCCCAGGCUGGAGAUACCACCCCUACCCUCAAAGAGCAGCCCAAACCCCGGCGCUCUGCCCUCGAGUUCUCACCUGAGAAGAGGGGGUGCUAAGCCCUGGGGAGGGGCAAAACCUGGGUCACCUCGGUGUGAGCAUGACCGUGCCCUACAGCCUGCACCCCUGCCCCAGGCCAAGUUGUAGAUUCCCUCGGAGCUGCUGCAGGCCACGACCCCAGGGCGGCCACGGUGGCACCGGAAAGCAGUGGUGUCCUGUAGCAUAGUGACCUUGCUGCCAGGCGGCUCUCUUCCCUUCCUGUGGGGAAACGUCCUUACUAUUCCUGGACCAUGCCAAACCCAGACUCCCCGGAGGGAGGCUCUGAAGAGCAGAGGCUGCACAGGGACUGGGGAGGUGGUGACACUGGCCUUGGAACAGCGGCCUGGCCCAGGUCCAGCACAAGCUGCUGCCCUUCCCACUGACACUCCCACCGCCAUGCCUGCUCGCUCCAUCAGACUGACCCACUCUGCUCCCCAGAGGAUGCCUGACCUGAAAACGCUCUGGCCACCUGCAGACAGGGCAGCACCCUGCACCGCCUCACCAGGGAGGGGACUCUGCCUCUGGGCCUUACACUGAGCAGACUCUCACAGGGCACCCGCCGUGGCUGUCCUCAUUCAGGGAACUCCUGCCAGGUGCGCUCUGCCGCCGGGGCACUGGGCUGUAAGGGUGCUGCCCCUCUCCUGAGACGCGCAUGCUGAGCCUCUGCCCCUGGGUCCUGCUCUUGUCCCAGCCCAGCCUGGGCCACGUUUGGGGUGAGAGGGAUGCCCAGGGGCAAGCGAGCCGGUGCUCUUGGAGCAGCAGGAGGGAGGGGGCUCCCCCUGCAGACCCAGAGUUCUCCUGAGCCAAGCCACCCCAGCAGGAGGCCCCGCAUCCUGUCCAAACCCACAGUCCCUCACCUCUCGUGUGCUCUGUCUCGAGCUGCAUCUGCUGGCAGAGCUGGAGCCCCAGCCGGGGCUGCCUUUGGAUGGACUGGCAUUAGGUAGAAUGUGUACAUAGUUGUUUUUCUCUUGGUUGUUCCUUGUUUUUUUGGUUUGCUUUGCUUUUGACAGCUUCAUUUUAUUUUAUUUUUGAUGCCCCUUUUUAGCCAUGUAAACUAUUUCUGGUAAUUUUAUGAUUUUAUUUAUGAAUAAAGAAUGCCAUUUCUCA